AUGGAUUCUACAGGCAACAUACAGAAAGCAAAUGAAUCAUACCUUCAAGCUUCAUACAAAAUUGCUUAUCGCAUCGCAUGUAAUAAAAAACCACACACUAAAGGAGAGGACCUCAUCAAACCUUGCUUAUUAGAUGCGGCAACACUUGUUAUAGGUAAGCAACAUGUAGCUAAGAUUAAACAAAUAUCACUCUCAAACAAUACCAUUCAAAGACGCAUAUGUGAAAUGAGUGCCGAUAUUUUAGCAACCGUUAUUGCUGAAAUAAAGGAAAGUCCUAUGUUUGCACUGCAGUUGGACGAGUCCACAGAUGUUGCUUCGUGUUCACAAUUAUUAAUGUUCGCAUGA